AUGUCUUCUCAGUGGGCAGAUAAGCCGUAUGCUCUCAUUAGUACUGAUCCCUUCUCCAAAGAUUCUUCCCAUGCAGCAUACUAUGUCGCAACGCAGAUGGCACUUGCCCACAACGGCAUUCUCCGAGGGUUGAACUCCAUCUACCUCCAAGCGUCGCACAUACCACCCAAAGACCUAGAUGCUAUACAAGAUUUCUUCACAUAUUGCCAGUGCUGGGGUGAAUCAAUGCACCACCACCAUGAUUCCGAAGAAAAUAUCUUUUUUCCAAACAUAGAGCAGAUAACGAAAGUCAACGGAAUCAUGGAGCGCAAUAUUGAGCAGCAUCGAGCAUUCACGCCUGGAUUCGAUCGAUUUCAGGAACACGUUCGAACUUGUCCUCCCAAAGACUAUAACGGACAGAAGAUCAAGGAGCUCAUCGAAGAUUUUGCGGAGCCUUUAGGCCAACAUUUGCAUGACGAGAUUGAAACUCUGCGAGGUCUUGACAAAUACGACAGCAAGAGUAUACGCCAAGCUUAUCAGCGUCUCGAAAAAGAGCUUAUGGCCACAGACAAUGUUAGAAAUACUUUGACAUAUGCGCGAGUCUGUUAA